AACAUCGAUGCAUAGAGUCAGCCAAAAUCCGCAACAAGUACCCUGACAGGGUCCCGGUGAUCGUGGAGAAGGUCUCUGGAUCACAGAUCGUGGACAUCGACAAGAGGAAGUACCUGGUCCCCUCCGACAUCACAGUGGCUCAGUUCAUGUGGAUCAUCAGGAAACGCAUCCAGCUGCCCUCAGAGAAAGCCAUCUUCCUGUUCGUGGACAAGACGGUGCCUCAGUCCAGCAUCACGAUGGGGCAGCUGUACGAGAAGGAGAAGGACGAGGAUGGCUUUUUAUACGUGGCUUACAGCGGCGAGAACACCUUUGGUUUCUAAACAAAAAAACAAGGAGCCACGAUCUUGACCGGCCUUACCUGCUGACACCCACCCACAUCUAAUCACAGCCCUCGCUCGGCCCCUGGAGAAUGCGCUGGGAAGCCCCAGAAGAGAUUCAGCGACAUGAACGCAACAGAAAGACGGACUGACGGCUCACCUGACGGGAGAAACAUAAACGAGUGCACCGGUGUGUUUGUUCUGGCCCAAGUUGCACCAGUUCUUUAAAGAUUCAUAGAUUCAGUUGUGUAUAGUUUGUG